ACACAGACUAUAUCUGAAGUGUUUGGAAGUAAUUCGCGUUUUCCUCCUGUUGGAAAAACCUCAUAAGAACAAUUUUUAGUGGCUCAAUGUAUUACAGCGGUGUUUUUAAAAGUCUAAACACUUUAUUGAUAUAGUAUACAACCAAGCACAAGUGGUCAGAAUACAAACGAGUCACAGGUGAUAAAGUAUUAAGCAUUUCUCCCAAAGUAAAGUGUGUCUGAACCAGGUCCAAGCUAAAUGCUAGCAGGUGUCUGUAGCUCCGCUCACUCUCCACCUCUUUGCCCUUGUUUGGUAUCCCGCCGUGGGUGUGAUGACACGCGAACAAAAUGGCAACGGUUGGCCGCGCUUACUUGUGGCUUCUUUUGCACUCUGUAGAAACCUAUGGGUGACGUCACGGAUACUACGUCCAUAUAUUUUACAGUCUAUGGGUUGAAGGUGUAACCAUAGCAAACAUUAGACGUUUUAAGUCUGAAGCAUUAGUGGUAAUUACUUUCUGCUCCUUUGAAUUUCACCCAUGUGUUGCUAAACAUUUAAGAAACGUCUCUAUUGGUAAGGAGAACCUUACUAUUCUUUUUUAUUUAAUAAAUGGUUACUUUAGGUUCUAGUAGUUGAGUAGUCGUUUAGACAACUUCCUGAUUGGUUGAUAUUGAAAAUGUGCUUUUGAGCAUCCCUAGAAUGUAUAAUAUUUACUUGAAGAUGUUGAAUAAAUGAGAGGAUGUGUUGGGACUUCAGUAGUAAUGUGCAGAUUUUCUUACGACUGGUGCAUAUUUGUGUGGGAUUUGUCUUUGUAUGUCAAGGUUCAGAGGUCGUUUCAGGAUCAGGGGGUUCUUUAGAUUAUUACUCAGAGGUCUGAGAUGCAUGUUGAACAAUGGCAAGAUUGUUUGUUGAACAAUGCUGAAUUCAUUUGUGGAAAAAGCACUUCUGGAACAACAUAGAGGAGUGACAUCAAAGACAAACUGGCUUUUUUUUUUCUCUCACUGCGCUCAGAGUCUUAAUUCAGAUCGUUCUCGUUAUGCAAAGCGAUGACAGAAACAGUCCUAAUUUGGUCGUUGUGACACAAACAAGGUUGUUAUUUGUAAGAAAAAUGUAGCAUGCAGUCACAUCACCUUGGGAUAUGCUUCGAGUCGCAUCAAUAUGCUUGGGAUAUGCUUUUUAAAGCUCUGUAACUUGGUCAAAUCAGGCUCUAGAUUUUGUUGUGAUCAAAUGUUUGCAAGGGCAGCGGGACCGCAUUUGAAAUCUGUUCACCAUUAGCUUAAAUGCCAGCCAUGUGAAGACUUUUUGGAUGAUGUCACUAGGCUGUCAAACGGCCAUUAAUUUUAUGUUAUUGCUUACUGAAAGAGGAGCAACCACUAACCUCAUCAGAGACAUUAUAGUCUCUGUCGUCACAAAAAAAAAACAAAAAAAAAAAAAAACAGCACAUCGUACUGCAGUUUGGACGUUGGAUUACCCAUUAUUUGCCUUGGAUAUCGGCUUAUACCGACAUGUGAGAUACCAUAUUUAGAUAUAAAUUUCUAUUCAAUCAUUAGACAGAAUCCAGGAUAUUAAAGGGCACCUAGGUAACCCCUUUUUCAAAUUUCAUAUAAUUCUUUUGCGUCUCUAGAAUGUGUCUGUAAAGUUUCAGCUCAAAACACCUAUCAGAUGUUUCAUUAUACCUUUUACUAGAUCCUGUUUUAUACAUCUUUCCACCAGGGGGUCGUUUUGUCGUACUGUAAGGCGAGUCCUCCCCGCCUACUGUUUCUACGUGCCUUAAAUCUCCUCCCUCGGCUGCGUCAGACAACAGACAGGCCUAAAGGAAGAAGGUUUCACGCAGCGUUUGUGAGAAAUACUACAUGGGACUCGAUGAAAGAUGACAGAGGAGGUGAUUGUUAUAGCCAAGUGGGACUACACAGCUCAGCAAGACCAGGAACUGGACAUCCGGAAGAACGAGCGGCUCUGGUUACUGGAUGAUUCCAAAACCUGGUGGAGAGUGCGUAACGCAUCCAACCGCACUGGCUACGUCCCCUCUAAUUACGUGGAGCGCAAGAACAGUCUGAAGAAAACCUCACUAGUGAAGAACCUGAAGGACACUCUCGGACUGGGCAAAACGAAAAGGAAGACCAGUGCUCGUGAUCCAUCUCCCACACCCAGCACAGAAGCAGAAUAUCCAUCCAAUGGCAGCGCAGGAGGAGGCGGAGGGGGCGGAGCUGAACGAAUUUAUGACCUGAACAUUCCGGCAUUGGUGAAGUUCUCUUACGCAGCCGAGCGGGACGAUGAACUCAACCUCGUCAAAGGGGAGAGGGUGGUCGUCAUGGAGAAGUGCAGCGAUGGCUGGUGGAGGGGUAGCCAUGCUGGCCGUGUCGGCUGGUUCCCGUCUAACUACGUCCAAGAGGAAGUGGGAUACACGGACAACGAUGGGGUGUUCGGGGACACCGUGGGGGGGUUCCGGUCGUUGAAGGUGGGGCAAGGUUCAGCAAUGGCCAACGGCCGGCCGGGGGGCUCUGGGAGCUCCGUUCUGCAUGUGGUUCAGACUCUGUACCCCUUCAGCUCAGUCACAGAGGAGGAACUAAACUUUGAGAAGGGUGAGACUAUGGAGGUUUUGGAAAAGCCCGAGAAUGACCCGGAGUGGUGGAGGUGUAAAAACAGCCGCGGAAUAGUAGGCCUUGUGCCUAAGAACUAUGUGGUAGUGCUUGAUGACGGGCCGGUAGCAAAGGGCUUAGGGUCAAGUCAUGGAUCCCCUCACAUCAGUCACACAGUGCCCUCGCGUGUAGGAAAAUUUGCUGGAAAGGGCUGGUACUAUGGUAAUGUGACACGGCACCAUGCAGAGUGUGCGCUUAAUGAGAGAGGAGUGGAAGGAGACUUCCUUAUACGGGACAGUGAGUCGUCGCCCAGUGACUUCUCCAUUUCUCUGAAAGCUGUGGGAAAGAACAAGCACUUCAAGGUGCAGCAUCAGGACGGAGUGUACUGCAUCGGUCAGCGGCGUUUCAGCAGUAUGGAUGAGCUUGUAGAGCACUACAAGAAAGCGCCCAUCUUUACCAGUGAACAAGGAGACAAACUCUACCUUGUCAAGGCCCUUGGCUAAAUCUGACUUUUUUUUCCCUCAACAAACAUUACCUCUUUUCCUCUUUCGUCUAUCUUUUUGUUUCCUGCACACUCCUGACAUAGGAUUCCUUCUUAAGCAUUGACAUUUCAGAUCCCUACAUUGCCUCGACUCUUGUAGGGAGCAGUAGCAACUUUAAACAAAGAUGUCCGUCCUUGAUAACCGUGUCCGAUUUUGAAGGUUUAUAGAUAAAUGAUGUAAAGACAAUGCCGUUUUCACAGCCACUUUUCGGCUCUUCCUGCUUUCAAGCUGGUUAAUCCCCAACCUCAAGCCACAUUACGUUAGUUUACAUUCUUCUGCCCCAAAGAGAAUCGCAGUAUGUACCUUUGUAGCUCCUGUUCUGAAUGGAUUCAUGUGUGUGAUUCUUGAUACUGACGGCCUGGAAAAGAACAAGGAGUGAUUUUGGUUCCCAAAGGAUUGCCAUUCCAUUCACAGGAGAGUUCGUCUGAAGAUCACCCAAACAUCUCAGUGUGUAUACACUGUCAAAGUAACACAUAGGAUGACAGUCAGAUUUCACCCUGUAUUAAAUCGGUGCUGUCCCAUCUUCUGAGCCUUUACACUGUUUUUUGCAUCUACAGUCCGUCCAGCAUUAAUAAAAGGAAGUGUUUGGAUUUACCUACACAGCUUUCCAGGUAUUCCUCCUGGAUCCGAGUCACUUCAGGGUUUCUUCAGUAUCAGGGUACUUCAUAAAGGGAGAUCAAUGCUGCGGAGACUGGGAUAAAGAGAGGAGCUGUAGCUUGUAAGAGAGAGAGAGAGGGUAGUUUCAGAGUUUUGAAUGUGUGUCCUUUCAACCAAAUGUGCCACCCCACUUCCAGUUCUGCUACUAUUGAUGUCUUAUCGCACCUCACCAACUCUGCUCUCAGUAACACACCGUUGAUUGUGAACACUAAUUCAAGAGUAAUACAAACAAACAUGUUGAUUUUAUUUCUUUACGUUAUGUUAGUUGCUCUGUUUACCAAUAAGCCUGUUGGUCAAGGGGUUUUCAGAUUUUUUUUUUUUUUAAGUCUAUUUGUCUGAAUGUUAUUGAGCAAUGUUAUUUAAUUCCUCUUUCCACUGUAUGUACAUAUAUAUAUAUAUUAUAUUAAAGAAAAAAAAGAUAUGGUGCAUAUAUAUGAAUCGUUUAGAUCCAGCAUUAUGGUACUGUAUUGAGGACAGUGUGGUGAGAAUUGAAAUACUUUUGUUCAAUAAAAGUUUUGCAGAAUAAGUUAAAAGGA